ACCCGUCUCUCCCCACUAUAAAUAACUCUUCACUUCUUAACUGAGCCAAACUCUACUGUCGUGAUUAGGAAAAAGGAAAUGGCAGCGACGAUUGAGAGAGAGAGGGAGAUCGACGAUCUGCCGAAGAAUCCCGCGAACCAUGAAGCUCUGACGCCGCUUUGGUUCUUAGAGCGGGCUGCUGUCGUUCAGCCGCGGCGGCCGGCGGUGGUGCACGGAAGCACCACCUAUUCGUGGGCUGAGACCUAUCGCCGCUGCCGCCGACUCGCCUCCGCUCUGGCCUUACGAUCCAUCGGCCCCGGCUGUACUGUAGCUGUAAUCGCUCCAAAUGUUCCAGCUUUAUACGAAGCGCAUUUUGGCGUUCCUAUGGCUGGAGCAGUGCUGAACUGCUUAAAUAUUCGUUUAAAUGCUCAGACAAUCGCCUUUCUAUUGGAACAUUCAUCGAGCAAGGUCGUCAUGGCUGAUCAGGAAUACUUUUCAUUAGCCGAAGAAGCUCUAAAAAUCAUUGCUGAUAAACACAAAAAAGAGACUUUCCGGCGGCCACUUAUGGUUGUGAUCGGUGAUGAAAACUGUGACCCGAACUCUCUUCAUGCAGCUUUAAGGAAUGGCGCUGUUGAGUAUGAAAAACUUUUGGAAACUGGAGAUCCUGAAUUCGCUUGGAAGCCACCAAAGGAUGAGUGGCAGAGCAUAGCUAUAGGUUAUACCUCAGGAACAACAUCCAGCCCUAAAGGGGUGGUUCUGCAUCACAGGGGAGCUUACCUUAUGGCUCUAAGUGCUGCGCUAGUUUGGGGCUUGAAUGAAGGUGCAGUAUACCUGUGGACUUUGCCUAUGUUUCAUUGCAAUGGAUGGUGUUACACUUGGUCGCUCGCAGCGUUAUUUGGAACCAGCAUCUGCCUUCGCCAGGUAACAACUAAGGCCAUCUAUUCAGCUAUAGCCAACCUAGGAGUGACCCACUUUUGUGCAGCACCUGUUGUUCUAAAUUCACUAAUCAAUGCCCCUCCCGCCGAGAAGAUCCUUCCCCUCCCUCGCACCGUCAACGUCAUGACCGCCGGCGCCGCUCCGCCUGCUUCCCUCCUCGCUUCCAUGUCCGACCAAGGCUUUCGUGUCACUCACACCUACGGCCUCACCGAAACCUACGGUCCCAGCACCAUUUGCGUCUGGAAGCCCGAAUGGGACUUACUUCCACCUGAAUCCCGGGCUCGCCUUCAUUCCCGGCAGGGCGUCCGUUACAUCGGCCUCGAAGGCCUCGACGUCGUCAACCCGGAGACCAUGGCCCCCGUCCCCGCCGACGGCAAAACCAUCGGCGAAAUCGUCAUGCGCGGGAACUGCGUCAUGAAGGGUUAUUUGAAAAACCCGAAAGCAAACCAGGAAGCUUUCGCCGGCGGCUGGUAUCACUCCGGCGAUCUUGGAGUAAAGCACACCGAUGGAUACAUUGAAGUUAAGGAUCGGUCCAAGGAUAUAAUAAUCUCAGGCGGAGAGAACAUUAGCAGUUUGGAAGUGGAGAAUGUGCUUUACAAGCACCCGGCGGUGCUGGAGGUGUCGGUGGUGGCUCGGCCGGACGAGCGGUGGGGGGAGUCUCCUUGUGCCUUCAUCACACUGAAACCAGAUGCCAGAGCUGGGAAGGACGAGGAGGCCAUUUCUGCUGAGAUUAUGAAGUUUUGCAGAGAAAAAAUGCCAGCUUAUUGGGUGCCUAAGUCUGUGGUGUUCGGGCCAUUGCCCAAGACGGGCACUGGAAAGAUACAGAAAAAUAUUCUGAGGAAGAAGGCGAAGGAGCUGGGGCCUGUGAAGAAGAGCCGCCUGUAGAUAACUAUAUACAUAUCUGCAGCUUUCUUUCCUCUGCAUCAAUAAGCAUAGUUAGCUCUUAGAAUAAUUAUUGUGUCCGGACACACCGAGCAUAUUCAGAGAUCAAUAAAAAUGCGUCACAUCACUGGACGCUCGGUAUCGAGCUCGGUAUCGCGGUCGGUACCGAGCUCGGUACCGCGGUUAGUACCGAUAGUGGUACCGCUCGAUAUGCUCGGUACCCUAUCCGGACCAAUAAUUUUUCUAAUUCUUGAGAGUUGGUUUAUGGAUUGGUAUGGUGUGUAAUGAAGUAAUUUUUAUAGAACAUUAGUGCUAUCUUCAAUGUUGUUUGAUAUGCAUCGUUUGUUAUUUGUCAAUACAAUUGAAUUAUUAGACAAAUGUAAAAAUAUUAUCGGAAAUGUCUAAUAAUUUAGUUAUAUCGAAAAAUGAGUAAGCCUAUCAACAACAAUAACAACAUCAUCUAGCUUUUUCCA